AUGGUGUGUGUUGAAUGCACAAGUGAGGAGGCCAACAGAUACAUCUAUACUGACACCUGUGGCUUCUCCAUCAUUAUGGCAGCAGCUGAGGCGACGCAGGAGACAGUGGAGUCCCUGAUGCAGAAGUUCAAGGAGAGUUUCCGCGCUAACACGCCCAUCGAGAUCGGUCAGCUGCAGCCAGCCCCGCGCAGGGCCUCAGCAGGGAGGCGGAAGCGGAGGAGCAAGUCUCGAGGGGGAAUCAGCUUUGGGAGAACCAAGGGGACUUCAGGUUCAGAGGCAGAUGACGAAACACAGCUGACGUUCUACACGGAGCAGUACCGGAGUCGCCGCCGCAGCAAAGGUUUGCUGAAAAGCCCGGUGAAUAAGACGGCCUUGACAUUGAUUGCUGUGAGCUCCUGCAUCCUGGCCAUGGUGUGUGGCAGUCAGAUGUCCUGUCCACUGACCGUGAAAGUGACUCUGCAUGUGCCUGAGCACUUCAUUGCAGACGGUAAGAACCAAGCAUAAAAGAUGCCCCAUUACCUGCUCGUCACCUUGCACCCCUGUCUGGUCAAAUGUCCUCCAUGCAUAGCCCAACUUCACAAUCAGAUUACCCAAAAAAAACCCAAAAACAAAAACAAACAAACAAACAAACA